CACCUCUCUAACUCUCUUUCAACUUCUCAAGGAUUCUACUUAUAUUAUAUAGGUAAUCGUCUUUUUUUUUUUCAGAUUCACUAUAAGACCCUUCAAGCUCCGAUUUUCUGCUUCCGGGGUUUUUAUAAUUCUCUGGAGUGUGUGUUUUUCAUUGAAUUAUGCCCGAUUCAACGGAGUAUUCAGCUAUGGAUUUGAAAAAGAUAUCUUGGUUUGGAAAUAUAUAUGAGAAGUUUGAAGCUUUAUGCUUGGAGGUUGAAGAGGACACCGUUAAUUACAUUGAAAGCCAGGUGCAAACUGUUGGUGAAAGUGUCAAGAAGUUCUAUUCCGAAGUGAUGCAAGAUUUGUCUCUAUUUUCCCAGCAUGAGAUUGAGAAGACGGCAAGGGAAAACCUCAUAGAACAGCCCGAGGGUGUUGAUAUGAAACUUUCAGAGGAUACUGAAGUUCCCAAGGGGAAAAACAACCUUGGAGGAAAAAGUUUGGGGAUCGGAGAGAACUCUAAAGACGACCAAUCUCUGCUUAAAAUGUCUGGGUCAGUAACUCCACUUUCGGAGAAGAGGAAUAGCAUGUCUUCGGUUUAUGAGAAUAGACGAGGUUAUUUGAUGGCACGUGACCGCAUAACUGUGGGUUUAGCUGAAUUUGUCAAUUCUGAAUGUAAUACCUCUUUAGCUAGAGGAUGUGCUUCUAAAGAAACUACAACAGGGAGUUGUGAUCAUAUACCCGUUGUAAGUAUAGAUGCUGCAGCUUCUGAUACGACUUCACCCGUUGAAUCUUCUGGGCUUCUGGUAGAAGAUUUUGCACUUAUUUCCUCAUUCGAUGACCCAUCCUUAAGAUCAAGUGCGUGGACUCAUAUAAACGAUGACAGAGAUCAGACCAGCUCAGGAACCAUUACCAACACAAUCGAGAAAGAAUCUGCUGAAAGAUCACAGAAUUGCAACACCGAUGUUGUUGAGACGUUUGAUGUGAUUGAAGGCCACGAGCUCCGUUUUCCCGAGCAACUGGUCAAACAUAAGUCAUACAAGAAAAGAAUUCGGGAAGCAUUUUGUUCGAAAAAGGGAUCAACGAGGGAGUAUGAACAUCUCAUAGCACAACACGAAAGUCAACCUUUAAAUCGGAAGGCUGAAGAAAAUGUGAUUGCAAAGUCAAACAUGAAGCUUUCCGCUAGUGAUUUUCCUGAUUCCGAGUGGGAGCUUAUCUAGAUAUAUAUAUAUAUAUAUAUAUGACACUCUAAAUCGUAUUUCUUUUUCUGAUCAAUGCCAUGAGAUUUCUAAAGAUUAGAAAACGAUGCACUGUGCAUCAGUAUAUCGUGUGGUGGUAUGAAUAAUUAGUGAUUCAUUC